AAUAAAGAGAAACAAACAAGUAGAAUGACUCCCAGAAUAAUCUUAGGUCUACAGGGUCCCAAUUUCCUAAAAUGCAAGAUGUCUUAAUGGGGGAAGUGGUACUGGGUUAAUGUUGGUACUACUCCAAUAUAAUUUAAGACCUCAAAACAAUUACAAAAAAGCAAGUAGGUAAAUUAUUGGAUCAUUAAUGGAGACCACAAACUAGCAAACAAAUGUCAUUAAAAAACAGGCUGAGUACAGUUUUAUUUAGUUUAGUACACGGUGGUGCACUGGUUAGCAUUGCUACCUCACAGCACUGAGGCCCUGGGUUCACUUCCUGGGGUGCUAUCUGCAUUAAGGUUAUACGUUCUCCCUGUUUCUUCCCUCGGUCCAAAGACACACUGAGAGGUUAACUGGCCCUGGUGUGAGCGUGUGUAUGUCUGUGUCUGUAUGUGCCCUGUGAUGGACUGGCGUCUGGUCCAGAGUGAAUCCUGCCUUGCAGCCCAUUACUUGACAGGAUAGGCUCCGGCUCCACCAAGACACUGUGUGGAGAUGGAUGAUUGGAUGGAUGAACUAGUGAUUAGCAGUUAAUCACAGAUAUUCAGCUAUCAGAGUGAUUCCUAAUGAAGCAGGCCAAAUGAAAACCCCAAACAUACAUACAACAGUAUUUAUCCUCUCAAGAUGAAAGGCGAAUUAGAACUAUGGUGAAUAAUUGUUUGACCACUAGUUCACCAGUCACUUCUUUAUUUAUUAAACUGGUUUAUUAAGAAGAUUAAGACUAAACUACCAACAAACACACUUGCUUAAAAUUUCCUAAGUAAUGUCAUUGACUGUAUUAGGUGAGCAAUUAACGGAAAUUUAAACACCUGAUCAUAACCUUUUAAAAUACCUCCACUACGUCUAAUUUACUCCUUGGAGCUGGAGGAACGACUACUUCGGCUCAGAAGUUAGACUGGCUAACUAAAUGCUCACCAAAUUCACAGUUGAACACACAGAAAUAGUCUGACGGUCAUCGUAUGACAAAUUUUAGACGCCCAAAGCGAUCCCGAGGUGGACCGGUCCCUUUACAGUUCGUCAUCCCGGACGAGGGAGCUCAAUAUCGUCUCCGAGAAGGAAGCAUCUCUGCGGUUGUGGCUUUGGACGACCGGACGUCCCACUGGCAGAAAUUAAAGAAGGACAGUGUGGCUCAAAUAGUGAUUAACACCCUCUCACAUCUAGCAAGUGGAACCAAGAUCUGUUUUCUUAAAGGAGGAUACGAGAACUUCCACUCUCAGUACCCUGAACUUUGCACAGAGCUGAGAAGCAGCACACAGGACGGGACAGAAACGGAGAAAAUCCUCAGCAGCAGUCACUAUGAGAAGCUCGGUGCUAACCACAAACCGGAGUACGAUCAGGGCCAGCCAGUGGAAAUCCUGCCUUUCCUUUACCUCGGGAGUGCCUACCAUGCCUCCAGACAAGACUAUCUGAGUGACCUUCACAUCACAGCCUUGCUCAAUGUAUCCCGGCGAGACACAGAGCAAGCAAAAGGCCAGUUUCAUUAUAAAUGGAUUCCGGUGGAGGAUAGUCACAUGGCUGACAUUAGCUCUCAUUUCCAGGAAGCUAUUGAGUUUAUAGACUGUGUGAAGGAGGCUGGGGGGAAGGUCCUAGUCCACUGCGAAGCGGGAAUCUCCAGGUCGCCCACCAUCUGCAUGGCUUACAUCAUGAAAACCAAGCGCCUGCAGCUGGAGGAGGCGUUUGACUUCAUCAAGCAGCGGCGGGCGCUCAUCUCGCCGAACUUUGGCUUCAUGGGCCAGCUGCUUCAGUUCGAAUCAGAGGUCCUCUCUGCCGCGCCCCCGACCCCGGCCGCGACGUGCAAAAGGGAAACCGUGCCACUGUUUGCGGAUGGGUUUGCCUUCAACAACGACUAUGAGGCCUCCAUGUUCGCCCUCCCAACCUCAUUCCUGACUCCUGUGCCGAUCCAGUCAAAGGUUCACCAGUUAAAGUUGAGCCCGAUCAGUGCAUUGCCUUAACCUGAAGGCUGACGUCUCCUAAGAUUACUUGAAAAAACAACAACAAGUCCACGAGCUCAGAUCCCCCCUCACAGACCCUGAAAAGGGGUGACGGGAGCGUGGAGGAACGAGAACUUUCUAAGAACGGCAACUGCAGGGCCAACAAUGACGUCGUUGCUGUCGAUAUCCAUCCUCAUCUCCACAAUGAAAAACAAAAGACACAGUGAUACACUGAUGCUGCCAUCUUUGAUCUGUAUUGUGAUAUCAAGUAGGAAAAUCGCCUUACUAUGAUGAUGUGAACCUUAUUGUGCUCAGAAAGCCUGUGCAAAGACAAGCAAGUUUUAUUAAUUUAUUAAAAUGUUAAAUUACGUAAUAACUGGCAGGAAGUAAUUAUACUCCAUGCCUUGUUGGUCUUAAAAGUGCUUUUUUAAAAAAACAACAACAAAUAUUUAUUUUGCUAAAGACAAUGACGUGGAAAUGCUAAUAAAGUAAUUUGCCAAAUGGGA